AUGCCGAAACUUCGAUCUUCCAAGUCAGUCCCUGCCGGAACCAAAGAUGCUUCCCAAGCUGUCAAGAAGCGGAGUAGCCUAAGAGCUAUGUUUUCAUUUUGGAAAUUUUCAAAGAAGACACCUGUGCUUGCUGAAGCCGAAAUCGCCAAUCCUAUCAUCAGUGGACCUGCUUCGAAGAGUCUUGGAUUUUCUACAGCAUCACUACCCACUGGACCUACCAGGGAGCGUUCAGACAGUGAAGGUUCAAGUUCAAGUGCAAAUUCAGAACCAGCUCUCCCAACCAUUCGAACCUCAUCAACUGCAUCCAUACCCGCAGAGGUACGGCCACCUUUUGCCCGUCAUGCACCAUCUCCGUCAAAUUCGUCUGCUUCCUCACUCGAAUUUACGUCAGAUGCAUCUACAGCAGCAACCUCACCCUCAAACUCGUCCCCAUCAAUUUUGAUUAAGUCAUUAUCAUCGGCCUCAAUAGUUACGAUGGGUGGUGGUUCGGCGACAGCCAUAGCAGAUACCCCAGUGGAACCCAUUUCUCCGCCAAAGCAGGUAUCACCGAACACUACAAAGCUUCCAAAGCCCGUAAAAAGGUCAACGGACAGCUACCAAAAACAUCCCUCACCACUUUCGAGUGUCAUGGAUGCCCACUCACCAUAUACCAUGCCUUCUGCACCUCCAAGGUCAAUGACAAGUCAAAGUCACGAGAACCACCAGCCAAGGAGAAGGAGCUCACUGGGGAACUUCCUGCGCCGUAGCCAGUCCCACCCGGAUCUUGCAGACCUCACGCAAGAAUAUCUCCCACCGCUUCCUCCUAUGCCGAAAUCGAACUCUUCUUCUUCUUCGCGACCAAGAUCUUCCAGUUCCUUGGCACGUGCAAAAUCAUUCCGCAGACGAUCAGACGGCAGAAAACCCGAUGGUGUUGGUGGUUACACCGAAGAUCAAAAAAUAGAACGCAUGUCAAUUCUCGGAGCGGAUCCAGCGGGAUACGGAUAUUAUCUUUAUCCGACCUCGAAACCAGAAGCUUCUAACGAGAAAAACAGCAGCACUAGCGGCUCUGGAAAGCGUACGAGGCCUGCCUAUCUUGAGGACUGGAAGAGACAUAGCUGGGGAUCAAGUUCAGACAAUGGCCGUGUCAGUACAACCGCGGCACCAAGUAGUAAGGCCUGGAAGGAGGCCAGGGGCCGUAGUUUUCGGAGAACUGUCACCCAAGCCAUACCAGAAGAGGCCGGAGAUUCACUUGAUCCAGAUAUGCGUGCACAAAGCCCUGACAGCGGGUGCGACUCGUCAGAUAUGCCUUCUACAGGAAAGGGAAAGGAGAUCGAACAUGCCGAUGCUAUUUUGAGGGUGUAA